AGUGUGUGAUCGUUAUAUGUACAUAUGUUGCGAUACAUUUACUUCGGCUGCAGCACCUUGUACUAGGGCCGAUCGUCUAGUCUAGACCAUACUACAGCUGUAUGAUUAAACGCUUCUAGUUCUCUUGUUAACCAAAAAACAUUUUGUAAAUCAGAAGCGAACGGGUCCUCAGAUAAAUUGUGUUAAAUUAAAAUUCCAAAAAAUAAAUUAAAUUUAAACAAUGGCCUACUCUUGGGAUAACCGUGUCGAUUUUGUUGUUCGGUAUAUGUACGAUAUCGACAACAAUGGUGUCCUCGAUGAAAACGAUUUCCAAUGCAUGGCUGUGAGGGCCUGUGUUGUUGAAGGCAAGGGUGACUGCAGCGCUUCCCGUUUGGCUGAAUACAAAAAUUUAAUGAAGAAUUUAUGGAAAGAAAUUUCCGAUAUUGCUGAUGAUGACAAGGAUGGAAAAAUCUCCAAUGCCGAAUUCAAAGGUGCCGUGAAGAAGACCUGCGUUGGCAAGAAAUACAGUGAUUUCCCACAGGCUAUGAAAGCAUUUAUUGAAUCCAAUUUCAAAAUUCUUGACAUCAACAGUGAUGGCAUUGUAGGCAUUGAGGAAUACCGUUACAAUUGCAUUACCAGAAUGGCCAUCGAUGAUGUAGCGCCCAUCGAUAAGGCUUUCGAAUCUUUAUUGACCGAUGAAGAUAGAAAAGUUGGCGGUUUGAACUUGGAUCGUUACAAGGAACUUUACGCCCAAUUCUUGGGUAACACUGCCGAUAAUCACCCAGCUGUUUAUCUGUUUGGCCCUCUGUAAACUGCCUAAAAAUAAUCAGUAACCACAAUCACCAACACCGAGAUGAAUGGGGUUAACAACAAAAAAAAACUUGAAAUAAAAAAAAACAAAAUUUAUUAAAUGUAAAUGUCUUCGCUGUUUUUUAUUUUAACAACAACAACAAUAAAACAAAAACAUUAAGUACUACCUUAUUAAGUUAUACUAUUUAAUUUAUAAACUAUUUUUAAUGAGUUACUUUUACAAAACAUAGAGAAAGAAAAGAAAAGCACAACAUACUACAUAAUAAAUAUAAAAAAAGAAAAAGAAAAACAUAAAUUUAUAACAAAUAACCUUAAACAUGCAUAAAUAAUAAUUUAUCCUUUUUUAUUAAUUAAUUUAUUAUUUUAUUAUUUUUUUAGUUCUUUUUUUAAGUUUAAUCUUUUAACAACUUAUGACAUGAAUUAAUAAGAACAUAAAACACAAAACAAAAAUAUGAAAACAAAAUACAAAAAAAUUAACAAAAAAA